AUGAAUAUGCAACGGCAGCCCACCGGCGCUUCGAUAAACUCCAACGUGCCCCGACGGUCGACAUCCGGACGAUCGGUGGCUACCAACAGUCCUACAUCAUAUGUUGCUCUUAUGCGAAAACAGAAAGCCACAGUGUGGUGUGAUCGGGCACAAACCGUUGAUGUUCGGACCGAAGCUGCACGGAGAGCUGCAAAACAUCGAGCACAACUGGCCGUUCAGAGUAGUGCGAAUUCUGCCAGCGGUCGAACGUCGACACUGUCUUCUGGUGGCGUAGUGGGCAAGAUACGACACGGCGGUGUCCCUAAAGCGCCAUAUGUUCCAGUCAAUCUGUCAGGCGCAACUGUACCGAUGCGACUGUCGGCAAACGAGAUGCUUGGCGAUGAAGAAGAAGAGCAAGGCUAUAUGCGCGGUGAUAACGCAAUGCUACACGGAAGGUCUGGUAGCGGCAAGAGCAGUACGCAUUCCACACAAUAUCGGAGUGGCUAUCCUCGACCAGAUGCUGGACGAUUUAGCUCCAACAGCACCCCUCCCAGUGGUGAAGGCUCUCCAAGUGCUCGAGACCGCAUUCCAGAAGAAACACAUCCUACACCAGAGGAAAGCAAGACAGACUAUUACGCAAGCCGAGAAAAGGCGGAUUCGAUCGACGAAGACUCGUUCGGUGCUUUGGGUGAUCUUGCUGGACCAAAUUCUGCCCUGAUAGCAGCCAAAAACGCCAAAAACGCAGAGGACUUGCGCAGACGGGGAAGCGUUGACGAGCGGACCAUGAGCAUGGGUGCUGGCGUCAAGCUUUUCGUCGCCAAUCCUGAUGUUGACAGUGAUUGA